AUGAUUAUCGAGGUUACUGUAAUCUCCGGCGAGGGUUUGCUCGUGAGGAAGAAGCAACCCGUGAAGAGAAACGCUUUCGUGGUGGUGAGAUCCGACCCGUUUAAUCAUCAGUCAACGGGUACGGAUACGUACGGCGGCAGCUACCCUGCAUGGAACGAGAAGCUGGUGUUGGAUCUUCCCGCUCGCGCCCGUUACAUAACAGUGGAAGCACAUUCCGGCAGCAGGCUCAUCGGAAUAUCCAAUAUUCCGGUGUCGGAUUUCGCCGGCGGGUUUCUGCCGGAGAACUACUUGAGUUUCUUGAGUUACAGGCUGAGGGAUGCUAACGGCGAGAAGAACGGGAUUAUAAAUAUCUCCGUGAAGGUGAAGGGGGCCGCCGGAAAAGUGCAGCCGGCCGGAGAGAGGGUCGCCGGCGGUAGGGUUUUUGAACACGGGAUUGUUACCGGCGUUCCGGUUUCCUAUAGACAUGAGAACGGAACUUGCGUUUAA